UUGAUCCAUGUUCUUCGCAACACAGCAAGACCCGACUUUGCCUCCUCCUGCAGCAGCCGCAUAACCAGAGGGGAGUGCAGCAAGUCGUUUCGAGAGACAGCUUUAGGCUACUGCUAGCAGUAUGGCUUCCACUGAGCGCUUCCUGGUGGCCGUGGUCGUGGCGUGUGCACUCUUGGCCAGCAACAACUGUCAUGCGGCGCGCUACUUGGCCGACACGGCAGCGGCUCCCGCUGCUGCUGGUGUCGUCCCUGGCCUCCCCGCUGUGCCGACCUUGCCAACGGUGCAGCCAGUUCCACAGGUGGCGCUGCCACCUAUGCCGGCCGUGCCCGCGGUCACCGUGCCGCAGAUGACGCUCCCGCCCAUGCCAGCGGCUCCCAAGGUGGCCGUGCCGUUGCCGCCAAUGCCCACCGUCCCGUCCGUGCUGCCCAAGCUGACCCUGCCACCGAUGCCCGUUGUCGUUCCAUCUGUCGUCCCCAAGGUGGUCUUGCCGCCGAUGCCGUCAGUCCCUACCGUGCCCAUGCCGUUCGCGGCACCGCCUCCAUCGGCGUAGACGCGCGUGCUCCUGCAGGUUUGCGUUCGCCGUGGCCACCAUGCACAGGUGGUGCGGUGACCAGUGUACGCGAGAGUGAUGUCAUUGUUUGUGAGUCGCGUGCUUUCUUUUUGUUCCUAACGUUGUACGUAUGUAUAUCCUUUGUAUUUCUACUACAUUCAUUUACGCCGUAUAUGUCUGGUCAACACUCUUCUCCUUUUUUUUGUUCUUCUGUUCAAAUCUGAACUUUAGUUUCCAACGUAUAUUUGGCAACUCGAUGUCAUUGUUGAUCCAUAA